AUGUGGGCGAAUACACCCAUGCGCGCACUCACUGCGGCAUUCCUCGCCUCACUCGCGUUCGGACGUGAUGACAACAAUCCCAACUUCGACGUCCUGGACUUUGUCGAUCCACUAAUUGGAACCGCAAAUGGCGGUAUGGCGAAGGCCGUGGCAGAUACAAUGGGCGAGAACCAGGCGGGAUUCGCAACCGACACGACAAAUGUCACUGGUUUCUCGCAUAUGCAUGAUUCCGGGACUGGUGGUGCGCCUUCACUGGGAAACUUCCCCAUCUUCGUGCACCCUCAAUGCCCAGACGACGGCAUCAGCAGCUGCAAAUGGUCCCAGAAGGAACGGGCAACCGACUGGAUCCCCGGGUCCGUCAAGGCACGACCGGGAUACUUUGGCAUUAGCCUGAAGAGCGGGCUUCACGCUAAGAUGACGGUAACAAACCGGUCGGCAUUGUACCGUUUCACGUUCGACUCGGACUCCAAGGACCUCAGCCCGCUCGUCCUGGUGGACCUCAUGGACCUCCCUCAGUCGCGCAAGGCAGGCCGAGCAGCGGUUGAUCCAUCAACCGGGAGAUUCGCCGGGAACGCCACAUUUGAGCCCAGCUUCGGCCAAGGACAGUAUACGCUGCACUUCUGUGCGGAUUUCAGGGGCGCGCGUCUGCGCGACACCGGCGCAUGGGAUACUACGCGCGCCACACUCAACUCCACAGUCCUCUCGCUGGACGGAAGCCGCCCUGCUAGCUCGUUCUCCGGGGGUACGUUUGCGAGAUUCCACGCGCCGGAAGACGGGGUUUUGCUUGCCCGCGUGGGCGUUAGCUUUAUGAGCGUGGACCAGGCGUGCGCGAACGCGGAGAACGAACAGCCGGAUUUCGAUUUCCCUGCGACGGUCGCUGCGGCGGAGUCGGCGUGGAGAAAGAAAUUGAGUCCGAUCAGCGUUGAUGCUGAGGGGGUAUCGUCUGACCACCAGAAGGUGUUCUGGAGCGGCGCCUAUCGUGCGAUGAUCAGUCCGCAGGACUAUACGGGGGAGAAUCCGAUUUGGCAGAGUGACGAGCCGUACUAUGACAGCUACUACUGGUUUGUAUUUCAUCCUUUGGAAAGAGAGCAAUCUUCUGACUUGAGCAGUAUCUGGGAUUCAUACCGUGGCGUCCACCAGCUUCUCACGAUCGUGGAUCCCUUGUCCCAAUCACUGAUGAUACGCAGUCUGGUAGACAUCUACCGCCAUGAAGGCUAUCUCCCCGACUGUCGCAUGUCCCUAUGCAAAGGCUGGACGCAAGGCGGCUCCAACGCCGAUGUCCUGAUGGCCGACGCGUUCCUAAAAAAUGUCAGCGAUGUCGACUGGGCCACCGCCUACGAAGCCGUUGUCAAGGACGCAGAAAUCGAGCCGCCAAACUGGGACGUCGAAGGCCGAGGAGGACUCCGCAGCUGGAAAGGACUCGGAUACAUUCCCAAGAAUGACUACGAUCCCGAUGGCAGGGGCUUGCACACCCGCAGUGUGUCUCGGACUGUGGAAUAUGCGUACAACGACUUUUGUAUUGCGGAGAUCGCGAAGCACAUGGGCCAUGAGAGCGAUUACGAAAAGUACACGAAGCGCGCCUCCAACUGGAUCAACGUGUACAAGGCCGACCAGAAAUCGUCCAUCAACGGCGUCGAUACCGGCUACACUGGGUUUGUGCAGCCGCGGCUUCUGAACGGAUCGUGGGCAUAUCAGGAUCCGAUCCUGUGCAGCCCGUUGCUUGACUUCACCGGCUGCUACUUGAAUGCCGGCGGGCACGAGACCUACGAAGGAAGCUGCUGGUUGUAUACAUUCUACGUCCCCCAGGACAUGGCCAAGCUGAUUACAACACUCGGUGGCCCGAAAAGCUUCACGUCUCGACUGUCUUACUUGCACGAAUCCGGUCUGCUCUAUUUCGGCGACGAGCAGGCCUUCUUGACAGUCUUCCAGUACCACUACGCAGCGAGACCUGCCCUUUCAGCCGAGCGCGUGCACUACUACAUCCCGUCGCAGUUCAACACCUCCGCGUCCGGCAUCCCUGGCAACGAUGACGGCGGUGCCAUGGGCGCAUUCGCCGUUCUGAGCAUGAUGGGCCUCUGGCCCGUCCACGGCCAGGAUGUAUACCUGAUUACGCCGCCGUUCUUCAAGGAAAUCAGCAUUCGCAACAGCGCGACAGGCAAUGUCGCUACGGUUAAGAAUGUCAAUUUCGAUCCGUCGUACCAAUCGAUCUACAUCCAAAGCGCCAAACGCGAUGGGAAGUCGUGGACGCAGAACUGGAUCGGACACGACUUUUUCUUGAAUGGUGGUGUCCUUGAGUUGGAAUUGGGGCCGAAAGAGAGUGCUUGGGGGACUCGCGUGGAUGAUUUGCCUCCCAGCAUGAGCCCUUAUCAGCAAUCAAUGCCCUACUGUGCGGGGCAAGGGGGCACUGCUGAGGACGAGACAAAUAUCCACGCGAGUUUCAAUAGUCCAAGUCUUCACCCAUAUUAUCUCUCAAAAGAGCACAAUAUUCUUGAGCAAGGGCUGAUGGACCCCCUCAGCAUCUCCGCCAGCAUCAUAGCGCUCCUCCAAGCGACCAACGCCGUGCUCUCCAUCUGCUACGACUACAGCUGCGCCGUGAACGGAGCCCCAUGGGGCCUGUCCAAUCUGAUUGACGAAACGCGCAGCCUGCGCAAUGUGCUAGAGGCGCUUGUGCGCCUUGUCCACGAGCACAAGGCCGCUCACCUCCCCACUCUUAGGAUUUUGUGUCAGCCUUAUGGCCCGGUGGAGAACGGCGUCGGGCGGUUGGAAGAGUUGGAGAACCGACUAUCGUCGGCAGGUUAUAAAGCCCGAGUCCUUUCUCGACGUCGUGCGUUCUUUGAAGCCUUGGCCUGGCCGCUUCGAGAAGCCGAGACAAAGCGGACAACGGAGCAGAUUGAGCGACUCGCGAGCACUCUGAGUUUAGCUAUGCAGACUGAUCAGACUCGAUUGAUGCUUGCGAUCGAAGACUUGGCCAUCGAGAACCAGAAUAUGACCGCCGAGACGCGAGACGGAGUCGCGCAAUUGCAAAAGGCGUCUCUGUCCGUACAAGAUGACGCUCGACGCCAAAAAAUCAAGGCGUGGCUGGCAGCCCCAGACCCUUCGAUAAACCACAACGCCGCUCGCAGCAAACGAUACCCUUCCACAGGCGAAUGGCUGUUCAAAAGCAAAGAGUAUAAAGCCUGGAGGAAGGAUUCCUUCACCACUCUUUGGAUGCGCGGCCCUGUUGGCUGUGGCAAGACCAUCUUGACUUCAGCGAUGAUCGACAACCUGGUUGAGGUCUGCAAUGAUGACCCGUCCAGAAGCCUGGCGUAUUUCUACUUUGAUUUCAACGACCCGUCUAGACGGACGCCGGACGCCAUGCUACGCUCCCUGAUCUCUCAGCUCAUCAUGCAACGCGAAUCAGUGCCGGCUGAAUGGGACAGUCUGUUCUUCGCAAACGGCGACCGACAACCAACCAUCGAGGAGCUGCUGUCUAUUGUUCGGGAGAUGAUGCAAAAGCCUCACGAAGGUGGGUUCCUGGUCGUGGAUGCCCUGGAUGAAUGCGUCGAUUCUAAGGCCUCGGGGGACGUUCUGGACAAGAUCGACCGCUGGGAUAUCGAGGGCUGGUGGCUGUUUGUUACAAGCAGAAAGAACGCGCCAGGCCUCGAAACAGAGCUAUUCUUUAACGGGGCCGUGUUCUCCAUCCCCGUAUGGCGCGUCAGGAACGAUAUACAUGUCUAUGUCCAGCAGAGGUUUGAUUCUGACCCGAAGCUGAGACGAUGGCAGAGCCGUCCUGAUCUCAAGGACGAGAUCAGGGAGACAAUAGCAAACAAGGCUGAUGGAAUGUUCCGCUGGGCUGCAUGCCAGCUUGAUGCGCUUGAGAAUUGUCUCAACGUGUCAACGCUCCGCCAGACGCUAGCUACCCUGCCCAACUCUCUCGACGACAUGUACGCCGAGGCUCUUAAACUUGUACCAAACGAGCACACACAGCUGGGUAUCAAAGCUCCUCCAAUGGCUCGCAUUUUCCACCCGCCCCCUCAACUGCGCCUAGCCCACUUCUCCGUGAAGGAGUAUCUACUCUCCGACCAGAUUCGAACAAGUGAUGUACGCCAGUUCGCCAUGACAGAGCAAACCGCCCACGCUACGAUCGCCGCGGAUUGUCUAGCGUACCUCCUGCAAUUCGACCGUCCAUACAUCGAAGUCCUGGAAGUCGUCCGCUCCUCACCACUCCUUCGCUACGCGACGAACUACUGGCCCGAGCAUGUAAAGCGCUCCGAGGAAGAAGGGUACAACAAGUUAGAACCUCACGUGUUAGAACUACUCAACUCGGGCACCGUUUAUGCGAACUGGACCGCAUUCCUGGAGGGAUACACCCCAUUCAGCUCGGACGAAGAGGGCCCCAAUUCCCCUCCAGACCCGCUAUACUACGCCGCUUCCUACGGGCUCAGCCGCGUAUGCGAGACCCUGAUUCGAAAUGGAAGCCCAGUGGAUAGCCUAGGGCAAGCGGGCACGGCCCUCGCCGCUGCUUGUUUGUCGGGGUCGACAGAUGCAGUGCGUGUGCUUGUUGAUAAUGGCGCAGAUGUCAAUGCGAGUGGACCGCUGGGUCCGCCAUUGCUACUGGCUGCUGGUAAGGGAGUUGUCGAGAUUGUGGAGUGUCUUCUUCAGACGGGAGCGGACAUUAGGUAUGGGAGUGAGACGGGCGAGACGGCCUUGGUGGAGGCCCUCAGAUAUGGUCACAAGGAUGUCGCUCGCUUGCUUCAGCCUUAG